AAAACCAAAAUCAGAUGAAAAACCAACUUUCUGGACAAGUUGAUAUUUAUCAUUGAACAAUUCAACCGGUAAGAAUUUUAAUGUUCUUCAAGUGGGCUCCAUCUUUCCCCCAUACCAUUUGCCAGUUCCUCGACCGAAAACAAAUUUCACAUUUCCUCUGUCCAAAUACAUUUCCUCAGUUCUGCCACUGUUGCAGCUCUGCAUAAGUUUUUUGCACAUAUUAUAAACUCAUCCCACGAGAAUUUACAUUACAAAGGUCAUACAGAAGUGGUGAAAUGGGCUCUGAGGAGGUGAAAAAGAAAGAUUCAAAUAUGGCUCCUGAAACAGCCCAGGAUGGAAGUUCAGCAGAAACAGAGAAUCAGAAGAGAAAUGAUGGUGAUGAUCAGAAGAAGGGAAAGAAGAAGAACAAGAGGCGGGGGAACUUCUUAACGCGGAGGCUGAGUUGCUUGAGAUUGGACGAUGAAGUUCCGACAGUUGAUGAACCGACUGGUGGCGGCGGCUUUAAUCUGCAGGCUGAGGAUCGUUCUCCGACUCAUUUAGUCGUCAUGGUCAACGGCAUUAUCGGAAGUGCUGAAAAUUGGAAGUAUGCUGCAAAACAAUUUGUGAAGGCGUAUCCUCACGAUGUUCUGGUUCAUUGCAGCGAGGCUAACUAUGCUUUUUUGACAUUUGAUGGUGUUGAUGUAAUGGGCAAUAGGUUAGCUGAAGAGGUGCUAUCUGUUGUUCAGAAGCAUUCCAAUCUUCAGAAGAUAUCUUUUAUAGGCCAUUCGCUUGGUGGCUUGGUAAUUAGGUAUGCUAUUGCUAAGCUAUAUGAACCAGAUUUUUCGAGAAAAUCAGAUGGAGAAGAUGGAGAGAAUAAAUGUGAAGGUCCUAACUCAUUAUCCGAAGACAAAUUGAAUGGCAAAAUUGCUGGGCUUGAACCUAUUAAUUUUAUUACCUCUGCAACUCCUCACCUUGGUUCAAGAGGUCAUAAACAGGUACCAGUAUUCUGUGGCUCGCAUGCCUUAGAGAAAGUAGCAUCACGUGCAGCAGGGAUUCUUGGAAGAACGGGAAAACAUUUGUUUCUAACGGAUAAAGAUGAUGGGAAGCCUCCACUUCUGCUUCAAAUGGUCAAUGACACUGAAGAACUUCCAUUCAUCUCUGCGUUGCAGUCAUUUAAGCGACGAGUUGCCUAUGCCAAUGUCCGUUUUGAUCAUCUUGUUGGGUGGAGUACUUCCUCUUUGAGAUAUCGGAAUGAACUUCCUAAGCGAAGAAACCUGUUGAAAAACGAGAAAUACCCACAUAUUGUGCACAUUGAGAGUGCAAAAGCUACCAUUUCUCCAGAAGAAAACUCUUCGGAGAGCGUGAAGGUCAAGAGAUCUAAGACUAGCAACAUGGAAGAAACCAUGCUCAGAAAUUUAACGAAACUGAGUUGGGAACGUGUUGAUGUCAGCUUCAGUGGAAGUAUUCAGAGGUUCUUUGCUCACAAUACCAUUCAGGUACAAACUCACCUCACCAAUUCUGCUGGUAAAGAUGUUAUACAACAUACAGUCGACAAGUUUCUAUUGUAGAAGCCGCAGAUAGGAAUCCCUUUGAUUUCAUUAGGACAGAUUGGUCGCAAGAUUUCCUGCUAUCUUCGGUAUUUAUAUAGUAAAUCCGUGUCUACCUUGUGGUUCAGGUAAAGAGGUAUUGCAUCAAUUCUGAUGGUGCCGAUGUUAUACAACACAUAAUCGACACUUUCUUGCUAUAGUUAUGAAAUCACACUUAACUCUGCACCAGGCUCCAGCCACGUCUUAGUAUAAAAAACUAUGUCAGAUCAUCAUUUAGAUUAUAGGAAUUUUGUUGUUUAGAUCUUCAAAGGAGGCAGGAACCAAAUAGGUUCAUAGCUGGACACUAUUGUGAAAAUACUGUAAUCUUAUUGUAGUACUCUCUCCGUCCCACAAUCAUUGUUGCGUUUAUUGUAGAGUGUAGACGGACGGAGUAUAAUGUAAUUUUUAGAUUAAAUUUCUAUCAAUGUAUUAAGGUAGAAACAUGUAACUUGAUGCAGAAAGUUAGUCAUUAACUCUCAUUAUUAA